CAGGAGCAGUUCGGCGUCGACGAGCACGGCGAAGUCCUCGACAGGGCCACGUUCGACGCCGCCGUCGCCGCCCUGGCGGCGCCGGCGGCCGCGGCAGACCGUGAGGCGGCUACCGAGCCCGCGAAGGUCCUGAAGUUGGCCGUGGUGGAGGACAGUGCAGCCCGCGCCCGCCGCACCCCCGGGGCCGCGGACGGCGCGGCGGCCGCCAGCGGCGCGCCCGGUGCUCCGCACGGGCAGCCGCACCUGCGGCCGGGGCUGCUCGGAGACAGCUGCGCCGGUGCCUCUGGCUGCCAUGGGAGGGGCGGCAGCAGGAUCCCCGAGCUGACGCCGGUGGAGCUGGCCACACUGUCCCUCGUGAUCGGCCUCCCUCUCGGCAUGCUGAUUCUGGUGGUCAUCACGCGCGUCAUCGAGAGGCGCACUCGUGCGCGCGCGCACUUCGCGCGAAGAGGUGGCAGGAGGAGG